AUUUUCAAAGGACAAAAAAGGUCAUAAGUUAGAGACAAAGUCACCUGGAACACAUUCUGAUAUCGUGACACCUCCUCAGUCGUUGAAUUUGAGCGAUUCUGUUCACGUUGAUUUAGGCGAUACGUCUUCGCCUGCGGUAAUGGAGAAGACAAUAGUGGACGAGAUUAAAGAGGAGACACCGCACUGUUGGAGAACAUUAUAUCAUCUGUUACAAUUGUACUCCACCAUGCCGGAAACUAAAAAAGUUGAUAGGAAAGCUACUGGACAACCGUUACCUGUGAUUGAAGAAGAGCAGUCAGACAAGGCAAACAUGAGUACACCUUCGGGAAGUGUGAAAACAAGGAUUGAUCUAGCUGCGGAGGAAGAAGCUGGUCUAGGAACAGGAACAAGUAGCAGUGGAGAAUAUGAAAACACACCAUUAGCCAGGUCUACAUUUAGUAGAACAAGGUUCAAACAAA